AUGAUGGGGUUGUGUUGUUCCCAGCUCAUUCCCAUCUACAGAAGAAGGUGCAGCGAAACCACCACGAGCAGCUCGUUGCACUGGGCGAGGCAGCCUAUCUUGCAGCAAGGUCAAAGAAGCAUCAACUUCUUGCUCCACGAGAAUGCAAGGGACGACGAGGAAUAUGCGGAGCUUACCCAAAUUUUCAGUGAACUCGCUGCCGGCUUGGGCACCACAAGCCGAGUUCAAGCGCUCGGCCUGGUUGAUGAUGACUAUGUUGUGCCAGCGUUCCUCUUGGACGAGAUGCUUGGUAGCCCUGUGGCACCCUUUACCCUUUUUUGUGCUCUGGGUUCCCUUGUAAAGUAA